AGCAUGAAAUGAAAAUAAAAUAGCAACAACAAACCCUAACCCUAAAAAAAGCUUCUGAGUCUGAGCCGCUUCUCUCUCUAAUCGUGUGAAGCAAGGUAAAGAAAAGAGUAGCUAGGUGCAAAUAUGGCAGCAGCAGCAGCGGUGGCGGCGCCGGUUGCAAUUCCGGUCAAUGCUGAGCCUACUCAGCCGUAUACGGAAGUCAAGCUCUUCAAUCGCUGGACUUUCGAGGAUGUUUCGGUCAAUGAUAUUUCCUUGAGUGACUAUGUUGGUGUGCAACCAGCCAAGCAUGCCACUUAUGUUCCCCACACUGCUGGAAGGUACUCCGCUAAGCGUUUCAGGAAGGCGCAGUGCCCAAUUGUAGAGAGGCUUACAAACUCUCUUAUGAUGCACGGUAGAAACAAUGGCAAAAAAUUGAUGGCUGUUAGAAUUAUUAAACAUGCCAUGGAAAUCAUCCACCUUUUGACUGAUCAGAACCCUAUUCAAGUCAUUGUAGAUGCUGUUGUUAACAGUGGACCACGAGAAGAUGCUACCCGUAUCGGCUCUGCCGGUGUUGUUAGGCGUCAAGCUGUUGAUAUUUCUCCUUUGAGACGCGUUAACCAGGCCAUAUAUCUCCUUACAACUGGAGCUCGUGAAGCUGCAUUUCGGAACAUUAAGACUAUUGCUGAAUGUUUGGCUGAUGAGCUUAUCAAUGCCGCCAAGGGCUCUUCCAACAGUUAUGCUAUCAAGAAAAAGGAUGAGAUUGAAAGAGUUGCCAAGGCUAACCGUUAAGGAUUCAACAUCGGAUUGGAUCUAUUAAACUUUAGCUUGUCGGUUAUUUUUGUUAUUUUGAAAUCGAGAACAUAUAUCAGGAUGUGUUGGAGUUAACUUUUGUUAAAGCUUUGUUUUUACUUUCUUAGUUAUUAUGAUUUUACAAGAGAUUUGAGAUGAAGAAAUUAUGUCUUUUUUUUUAA